AUGUCAUUGGAGGAACUUGAGAUGAUGGACCAAAGCAAUCCUGAGGAGUUUCUUGAGAAGAUACGGGAGAAGAUUCGAAUGUUGAAUUCGGAGACCAGAAUUCUUCAAAGCCGGGUCAGCACUAUAAAGCAUGAUAUUUCGACAAAGAAUGCCUCUAUUGCAGAAAACAUGGAGAGAAUAAGGCUUAAUAAACAACUUCCUUACCUGGUUGGAAAUGUUGUUGAGGUUCUUGAUGAUCAAAGUGCUGUUGUGAAUGCAUCCACAAGGAUGUCAUCAUAUCUCCCUAUAACAGGGCUUAUACCCAAUUCCGAGCUUCGGCCUGGAGACCUUGUAGCUUUACAUAAAGAUACAAAUAUAGUGUUUGAGAAGCUUCCACCUGAUUAUGACAUGAAAGUAGGAGGAAUGGUGCUGAAGUCGGAUGCAAAACCAGACGAAACCUACGAGGACAUUGGAGGCCUAGAAAGGCAGAUAGAGGAGCUUAAUGAAGCAAUAGUCCUUUCCCUCACAUAUCCCGAAAGAUUUGCGAAGCUAAACAUUAAGCCUCCGAAGGGAGUUCUGAUGUAUGGGCCACCUGGUACAGGAAAGACUCUCAUGGCAAGAGCUUGCGCAAGUAAAACCAAUGCAACAUUUCUCAAGCUUGCUGGGCCUCAACUGGUGCAGAUGUAUAUUGGAGAUGGAGCUAGGCUUGUUAGGGAUGCAUUUGCCCUUGCAAAGGAAAAGAAGCCGACGAUUAUCUUUAUAGAUGAGAUUGAUGCAAUAGGAGCGAAGAGAUCAGACUCUGACCAAACGGGGGAUAGGGAGGUUCAAAGGACGAUGCUGGAGCUUCUUAACCAGCUUGAUGGGUUUUCCUCUUCCGAGGAAGUGAAGAUAAUUGCAGCAACCAAUAGAGUAGAUAUUUUAGAUCCUGCUCUGUUGAGAAGUGGAAGACUUGACAGAAAGAUUGAGUUUCCAUUACCGAAUGCGCUGGGCAGGAAAAGAAUCCUGCAGAUCCAUGCAAGAAAGAUGAGUGUUAGGGACGAUGUAAACUUUGACGAGCUGGCGAGAAGUACUGAAGGAUUCAAUGGAGCACAAUGCAAAGCAGUCUGUGUGGAGGCAGGAAUGGCGGCUCUCAGAAAGGAGAAAACAGAGAUUUCUCAAAAUGACUUUAUGGAUGGGAUCCAAGAAGUUCUAAGCAGAAAGAAGUCGAAACUUCUCUACUUUACAUGA